AUGUCGGCAAGCACCAGUACUCCACGAAGUCCUCUUUCUUCUUCAUCCUUCAGCAAUGUUAACGGCUUGCUCCCAAAUGCAAAGAAGUAUGAAGAAAUCAACGUUAUAGGGACAGGAGCAUAUGGUACAGUUUACAAAGCACGAGACCUUCUCAACGAUGGUCACAUUGUGGCUAUGAAAAAGGUGAAGGUCGCAUUAACUGAAGAUGGUAUACCAUUGUCAACAGUAAGAGAGAUAGCAUUGCUAAGACAAUUAGAAGCAUAUAGACAUCCUAAUAUUGUAAGACUCCUGGAUGUAUGCCACGGUGGACAAUCAAUGGAAAGAGAUCAGCAGCUUGUGCUGUUUCUGGUGUUCGAACAUGUCGAACAAGAUUUAGAUUCUUUCUUGAAGAGAUCUCCGGGUCCACUAUCAGAAAACAGGAUAAGGAGCAUGUCCUAUGACAUUUUGUCGGGCAUAGACUUCUUGCAUUCGCAUCGCAUCGUGCAUCGAGAUUUGAAACCUCACAAUCUACUAGUGACACGCGCUGGUCGCGUCAAAUUAGCUGACUUCGGACUCGCCAAAACUUAUGAUGCGGAUAUGAAACUCACAAGUGUGGUUGUAACCCUGUGGUACCGCCCGCCGGAGGUUCUUCUAGGCGUGUCUUAUAAUACAGCGGUCGACGUGUGGUCAUGUGGUUGCGUGUUAGCUGAAUUGCACACCAGAGCACCCUUGAUGCCAGGAACAUCUGAUUCGGAACAAUUGCACUGUAUAUUCAGACUCCUUGGUCGACCGUCGAGAUUUGAGUGGCCGGACAAUGUUUCUAUACUGCCGGACAGUUUUCCGGACUACCCGCCUAAAAAUCUCGCUGACGUCAUACCUAAUAUACACCCCGACGCGCUAGACCUCAUAAGGAGAAUGCUCGUUUUCGAUCCAGCAAAGCGUCUCACAGCUUUAGACUGCUUAGAACAUCCUUACUUCACAGACGAACCUCUUAUGUAAUGUUCUAGAAUACUAAGUUAAUUAAUACUAUUUCAUAUCCAACGUUGAGUAGACAUUUUCUACUUUUUCUCUGAUUGAGACUGAUUAUUUUUUGCUGCCACACUAAAGCGAGUAAUUUGAGAUUAUAAGAACAGAUAAGGGCUGCAUUGUAUUUGCCAACAUGGAAUUGCCCUUUUCUGUCGAUCUAAACCGCCAUUUGUUAAAACAAGAAAGAUAGAGGUUAUGCGAUAAUAACACGCCCCGGAAUCAUCGAGAGGAUAUAGGUGAUAAGCUAUCUUACUCGCUCUUGCAAAUGACAUAUUUGAGCAUUAGAAAAGGAACAUUAUAUUAAUGUAAAAAAGAUACCAU